AAAUCCUACGUCAUUCAUUUAAUUUGUUUUUGUCCGUCAUUGUCAUUUGUAUCAUGCUGAAAUAGCUGAAUUAAUAUUUUUGUAUUAAAAACAUACACGCGCAGUAAUUCCAGUAUUGUUUUUAUUGAAAAACUCCAUAAUGAAAAUAGUAGUGAAAAAAUUACAAGGCGGGGAAUGUACCUUAGAGGUACAACCAGCAACGUAUAUAUCUGAAAUUAAACAGAUGAUCUCCGAAAAACUAGAUAUACCGGUUGAAGAACAGAAAUUGCUAUUGCUGGGUCGCACACUUGUGGACGAACAGACAGUGGAAGGGUACCCUACAAUAAAAGACGGUACUAAAUUAAACCUAGUAGUUAAGAAGCCUGACGGUCUGUUUGAGAUUUCCUUGAAGCAUUUUAAGAGAGUCGGCUUGUCAGACGCAGACGCGACGGGUGCCGCCAAACGUCUUUUAAAAAUCAUUGAAGACAAGUUCUCCAAGUUGUCAUGGGAUGAUGUGGAAAGGUUAUCAUUAGACUGUUUGAUAGAUGAAACUGGUCAGAGCCAAAGCCCUCCUAUCAAACUUGAGCCAGACAGUGAUGAUGUUUACAGUUUGUGAAUAUAGACUUUAAUAAAUCUUUCAUAACAUUUUAUUAGAAUUUUACAAUAUUUAAAUUCAAAUUUUGUAAGUUUUUCAGCUGUAGGUGGUUCUGCUAAAUACAUAAUUUUAAGAGAUCUAGAAAUAGAUGUAUGUUUAUUGUGUAAGAUUUUAAUUUCUUUUAUCAUUGGAUUCUGGGAUAUUUAAAAAAUAAUACUUACAGUAUUCAGUUGAUUCAUAUUGUAGAAUUUAUUUUAAUGUCAUGGUAGUUGCAUUCAUUAGUUGACUAGGAAUUAUUAAUAAUUAUUGUGUCAUGUCAAAUCAAAUUGUCUUACCACUAAAAUAUGUAGAACAAUAAGAGUGAAAUAGAUUUUAUUAAUUGUUUACUGUAUGAAACCUGUUACUUAGGUCAAUUAAAAUUGUUAAUGUGUACCUACAUGUAAUAUUUACCUAUAGAAUUUAAAUGUCUGAUGAAUACACUGCACUCUAAGUCUUUAAUAGCCAAUAAAUCUCCAGUCUUCUUUUAGAGUCCUGCACAAGCCCUUAUCAAUGUAAAGCAAAUAAAACAACAGUUUUAAU